GAGCCCAGUGUUAGUUCAUCCGUGGUAACAAGUUGACACAACAACAGUUCAGUCUGUGCUGUUUUAUUGUUUAAAUCACCACAAAUAUAUAAUUCAUUAUAUUAUUCAAAUUUAAAUUACAAUAAUUUACUGAUAAUAAUUAUCAUUAUUUUAAAAAGUUUUAUUUAUUUUAAAUAAAUAAAUCACGUAAUAUCAUUACGUAUUAAAAAAGUUUAUUUAAAAUUUCAAAUCAUUAAUUUUUUAUUAAUGAUCAUUUUCGCUAUUAAAUUUAAACAGCCAGAUUUUGAAAAGAGUUUGAAGUGAAAAAAAUUAUAUAUACAUAUAUGUAUAUAUAAGAAAUAAAAACGUGGAUUUGUAACAAAGGCGUAAAUAUUUUUGAAGAAGUGAAGCCAAGCGGUGGCCAUAUUGUGUGUUCGUCCCCAGCUGGCUCGUCUGUUUUUUUUUUAUACAAAAAAAAAAUAUAUAAAAUUCAACCAGGCGAUAUUUUGAGAGCGAGCAAGAGCUAGAAACUUACAAGAGAAGAGAAAGUUCAUUUUUAAAAACUGCUGAUUCGUGAGUUUUUUUUUUUUGUUAACGGAUCUCUGUGUGUGACACGUCGAUCUCGAACUGUUUUGUUUCUUUUGUUUAAAAUCGUUACGGAUAUAUAUAUACAUAUAUAUAUAUGUAUAGGACGCCAUUUUAGUUUUUUUUUCCUUUAUUAAUGAAGAAUUAUUGCGCAGUUACAAAGUUCGUGGAUUUUCAAGUCAUUAAAUACUUACAGUAGAAGUCAUAUUGGGACAAAGAAAUUAUUGGAGUAAAGAAGUUUUAAGUCUUACUAAUGAUCAGGAUUUUCCGAUCAUUUACGGAAUUGUCUUUUAAUGAGCAUCCAUAAUUGUCUGGUUGAAUUUAAAAAAAAUAUUGGCUUCAUUAGUUGUGGAAAUAUUCGACAGUAAAUACACCUGAUAAGUUUUAACACCCGUAGAGACAAGAAAAAUACAUUCUCAUUGUUUGUCUAUCAAGAAACAUAAGUUGACCUGCUGGAUUAGGAAAAAAAUAUCAACUUUCUAAAGAUAAAUUCUAUAAUAAAUCAAGAAAAAAUAAAAAUGACGAAUUCAACUCCCAAAAUGAACAACAAAGUAGAGAGACAGGCAUCGCCCAGUUCAAGCGCCAAAAAACGCUCUCGUGGCACACCACGAUCUACGUAUUUCAACAACAACAAAUAUUCAAACUCAACAACUCCAAACCACAACAACAACAACAUCAACAACACCAACAUCAACAAUUCAAUUACCACAGGAAGAUUAAGCUUCAGUCCAUGUGGUAAAAAUCAUUCAUACUACUCGCGUAGUAACGAUAGUUCUGGUUACUCAACAUCAUCAUCAUUAUCAUCGCGAUCAUCGGGAAAUGGCAGUCCAACGAAUAAUUAUUUUGCCGGUUCAAAAUGGUCUGAUCCACCAUCAGCAGCGGCAUUGCCACAGCCGCCGAGUCACUGGACACCAAUUCAAUGUCAACAAUUACACGAUAAUUUGCUAUCCAAUCAUUUAAAAGUGAUUUUAAAUGUCCAGGCUUGAUAUAUUAAUUAUUAAUUCAUAUAUUUAUUGAUAAUAAUUAUUAUUAUUGAUAUUAAUGAUUAAUAAUUAAUCAAAAAGACUAUAAAAUUAUAAAUAAGUUCCCGUUCCAGUGAUAGUGCUUUACGUUUUUAAAUAAAAAAAAAAGAAAAAAAACGUUUGAUAAAACUAUGGAAGGAUCGAUACUGUGUUAAUUUAAAUAUUUAAAUAUUAAAUACAAAGACAAAGACAAAUUUGUAUUACACGUGAGUAAAGAUUUAUUGGUUUUAAAAAACAACAACAGCAACAACAUGAAAUCUAUACCGGCAAGUGAACUUUAUUAAUAUAUGUACAAAGUUGUAACUAUUGUAAUUUAGAUUAUCAUUUAUUGUAAUUAAUUUUUAAUUAUAACGGACUUUAAAUAAUUAAAGAAAAUUAAAACGCGUACAGUAGAAAUAUAUAAAUAUAUAUUUCAAUAAAUAUAAAUAUGCGAAUUACAAACUGAUGAUCUAAACAACAAAUAAUAAUAAUUAUUGUUUUAGAGAUUUAUUUUAGUUUGUAAUUAAAUAAUUAUUUUUAAAUUUAUAAUUAAUUAGUAAUUUUAUCUCGAGAGUCUUUUAAAUUUAAACUGCCACAGGAUUUAUUUUAAAAUUAAUAA